AGCAGAGAGCGCCCGGACAUGGAGCCCCAGUUCCAGUUGUCGCUGAUGAGAGCACAAGAAAUCAAUCAAUCAAAGCAUGCAAAGCAACACAGUCACUCUGUCCUCUCUCCAUCAAUCAAUGCUCACCCAGCUCACCUCACCUCACUCUCCUGCUCCUCCUCUUCACUCGCUUCGCCUCCGUCUCGUCGCGAUCCCACCUGAAAACUCUCGCCAUGACCACCGACCUCCUCCUCCUCCUGCUGCUUCUGUCGUCAUCCCGCCUCGCCCUCGCCGCCGCGUUCGGCGUCUGGAUCAAUGGCGCCGCCUCCUCGUCGCCGCAGAGCCAGGAGUACGAGGCGCUGCAGGCGCUGAAGGCGGCGGUGGUGGAGGACCCGCGCGGCGCGCUGGCGUCGUGGCAGGGGCCCAACGUGUGCGCGUACAGGGGGGUGUACUGCUCGGCGCCGCCCGACGACGCCGCCGCGUCGGGCGCGGUGGUCGCCGGCAUCGACCUCAACCGCGCCAACCUGAGGGGGACGCUCCCGGCGGCGGUGUCCCUCCUCGCCCACCUCACGUUCCUCCACCUCAACAGCAACCGCCUCGCCGGCCAGCCCCCCGACUCGCUCCGCGACCUCCAGUACCUCACCGAGCUCGACCUCAGCAACAACCUCUUCUCCGGCCCGUUCCCGGCGGCGGCGCUGCUCAUCCCGUCGCUCGUCUACCUCGACCUCCGCUUCAACGCCUUCUCCGGCGGGAUCCCCGCCGAGGCCUUCGCCAAGAGCAGCCUCGACGCGCUCUUCCUCAACAACAACCAGUUCGACGGCGAGAUCCCGGAGACGCUCUGGUCGUCUCCGGCGACGGUGAUCACGCUCGCGAACAACCGCCUCACCGGCCCCGUCCCGUCGGCGUACGGCUACGGCGGCCGCGUCCGGGAGGUGCUGUUCCUCAACAACAAGCUCACCGGCUGCAUUCCGGAGGAGCUCGGGUUCUUGCCCACCAUCGAGGUGCUCGACCUGAGCUACAACUCGCUCUCCGGCCACCUCCCGCCCACGCUGUCCUGCCUCGCCGGCAUCGAGGUGCUCAACAUCGCGCACAACCAGUUCACCGGCGAGCUCCCGGACCUCGUCUGCGACCUCAAGCGGAUCACCAACCUGUCCGUCUCCUUCAACUUCUUCUCCGGCAUCAGCCAGCACUGCAACCGCCUCGCCGGCCGCAGCGUGUUCGACUUCGUCGGCAACUGCGUCCCCGGCCGCGGCCUGCAGCGCCCGCCGCCGGAGUGCGACGGCGGCCCGGGCGACGGCGGCCUCAGCUGCCUGCGCAGCAUCCCCGUCACCCGCCCCGUCCCCUGCGCCCAGGCCUCCGUCUCCGUCGGCGUCGGCGUCAUCGUCGGCGGCGCGAUGCCAUCGUUCGGCGCCGGCGGCGUGGUCACGGUCACCGUGCCAUGAACGAACGAUCAACCGAUUAAACUGUAUUUUUUGUUCUCCCUCUUUUUUUUUGUCCACGAAAUUUAAUCCCAUGGACCAUUAGCCCAUUGCCAUCUCAUCACUAAUUACUAAUCAAUCGAUUGGCUGCUUAAGAAUUCGAGUGGCUAAUUAAGAACAUUUUUGGCUUUUGAGCUGGAGGGAGAGAGGUGUUAAUGGCGCCAUGAAUACGAGGGGUGGCGCCAACUGCUAACGACUUCCUCCUCACCCCGUGCAGCCGCGGCCAUGUGAUGUGCUGCUGCAGCUGCACAGCUUGCAGAAAUGCAGUGUACUGCUGUACUGUUUACCUGCUUACUACUCCUGCCCUGCUAGCUCGCUCCGCCCGGUGCCGUGUGGCGAGAAGGAGAAAGAGAAGAGAUGAAGGAGAGGAGAAAAUGAGAAUGAGAAUGACAUGUGGAUCUACAUGAGCUCCACUAUUCUUUUAUUAUUUUUAGUGUAACUGACCUAUGGGUCUACUAUUUUUAUAUAUUUUUGGACUGAAUUGCCACGUA